AUGUUGCGAGUGGCUGGAGUGGGACAGUGUCUCAACAAGAUCCGAGGACACGCCUUCAUAUUCUUAUCUGAGACGUGGUUCACCGAGGAGAAACACGAGAGUUGCUUUCUUGGCAAACAGAGCUUUGUGGUCCAUGCCAGAAAGCCCACUGGGCGUGGUCGGCCCAGCGCUGUGGAUGCCCAAGUCUUCACCAUCAUUGGAGCUUACUAUCAGCCCACCACGGAAUAUGAUGAUCUCGUCUCGGACCUCACAUCCAUCCUUCAGAAGAUGAAGGAUCCGCAGAAAGUUUCAACCAUUGUCAUCUUAAACAUUGGACAAUUUAUGAUUGGUUUCGGGUUAGGAUUCUCCGCCAUCUUUCUUCCUCAUAUUGAGACCCAAGGAAUAAAAGAAAGCUCGAGCCUAAACCAAGCUUCUAGCCCAGACAUUGGUUCCAAUGAAAUUUCUUGGAUUGCUUCCAUGUUGUCCGUGGGUCAAAUCUUUGGAAGCUUAUCGGUUAGCAUUGGAGGAAAUGUCCUUGGUCGAAAAGGUGUUAUGUUGCUGUCUUGCCUCCCAAUCUUUUUGGGCUGGCUCACUUUAUUCGCCGCUCAAUCCUUGGCCUUGGUUCUCGUGGGUCGACUUUUGACCGGUUUGGGCAUGGGAAUGCAAGGAGCCAUUCAUGCUGUGUAUGUGAGUGAGUUGGUAAAUCCAAAGUGGAUUGGCACAGCCACGGCAUCCGGGGUGACCACAAUCACUUGGGGCAUUCUGGUGGCUUUUAUCCUUGGAUCCUUGAUCCAUUGGCGGACAUUGUGCAUCGUUUUCGCAUCGUUUCCUGUGGUGAUGGCAAUUUUGAUGACUAUCGUUCCGGAAUCACCUACCUUCUUGAUCACACAGAGGAGAUUGGACAAAGCUAGGUCGGCUUUAUCCUGGCUUGGUAGAUCGACAGUGACUGUAUCGCUUCCAAAUGUCGAAACACUUGAUCAAGACUUACCUUGUGGGACAAGACUUCGAGUUUGGAUCAAAAUCUAUUGGCACCGAGAAGUGCUUAAACCCUUUCUGGUCGUGAAUGGAAUCUUUACUUUAGCCAACUUCUCAGGUUUUAUUGUGGUCAUUUUUUACGGGGUGACCAUAUUUCAAGAAGCCAGUCCCUCUGUGAACAGUUAUAUUGCUACAAUCACAAUUGGUCUGGUCCAAGUCUUUGGCAGUCUUUUGGGAGUAGUUCUUAUUCGAAAGCUGGGAAAUCGUUUUCUGUUGCUGUGUUCAAGCUUGGGCUCAUUCAUUUCAAUGGCAGCCCUGGGCCUUACUUUGUACGUGGGCAAACAGCACCCCGAAUUCGAAUUCUUAGAAUGGCUACCUGUUUUGUGGUUGGUCGCAUUCACCAUCUCCUUUACAAGUGGAUUGGCCCCGGUUCCCUGGGUACUCAUGGGCAAGCUAUUUGCUGAUCACACUCGGUCCGUUUGUGCAGGAUUUACAGCUUCACUUUUCUUUGUCACCUUAUUCAUAGCUACUUGGACCUUUCCACAUUUGAAAGAUUUGCCUUUUUUGGGCAUUAGUGGCACUUUUGUCUUUUGCGGAUGCUUUAGCGGUUUGGCGGUCAUUUUCACGCUAUUGUUUGUUCCUACUGAUCCUGCCUCUGAUGGAGUUUGCACAAAGGUGGAACAAUAUAGGCAAACCGACCUCAAAGAUGAGUCAGCUGGGCCACAAUCGAAUCUAAAUCCACCACUCACCGUCGUUUCCACACCCGAAUCUUAUUUCGAGAACCCUGCUUUUGACGGAAAUUUGGAACCUACCAUAUCUCCCACGACAACGGAAUUGUUAUUUCAUAGUCCUUUACACAUGAUUGAGCCGAUUCAGAGAUACUUUCAGAAUCCUAAUAUCUAAUGAAAGUGUAGCAUUGAAUUUGUUAUUAAAGGUCAACAUA